AUAGCAUUGAAUAUAAUUUAUGAGUAAAUUUCAAGAUAGUUUAUGCAUAUGUAUAUUUUUGUUGUUUUUGUCACAAGAUCAUUAUCGUAAACUAAACCUGGUUGAUUUAUUUAUAUGUCUUAAAAUGUGGAGCAGCGCAGUGGUGAUAAACAGAGAGGUGAAGAAUAAAGUGACUGGUUUAGAUCUGUAUGUGUCUGACUAUCAGGAAAUACCUCAUCGAAUAAAAACCUCAUUUCAAUAUCAUGUUAUUGUUAUCACCAACUUGUUUUAUUACAAAAGAAGUGAUUUAAAAGAUUCAGAUGUUGUUCAGUUUAUGGUAUCAAAAACAUUUGAAGAGUUUGAAGUUUUAUAUCAUCAACUUUAUAAGCGUUUUCCAAGUGUAAUUUUUCCAGAGCUUCCAAAAAAAUCUUUGUUUUCAAACGAUACUGCUGCUAGAUUUGAAUGCAUGAAUAAGGUUUUACGAAUGGUUGCUGCAACACAAAAAUUAUGUUGUAGUCCAAUGGUAAUAGCUUUUUUAAAGGAAACUGACACAAAAGAAAAUCCAUCAUCUUUGCAAUCUAUUUCUUCUAAAGUUUCACCAGUAGUUUCAAAUAAUGAUUCCAAUAAAGAGGAGGAUAUAUCUACUGUUUUUAAUCAAGACUUGAUGGAAGAAGUUGACUUAUUUUCAGCUCAAAAUGAACCAAUUAACGACAAGGAAGAAAACAUUUCUGCACUUCAUAGCACACAAGUGUGCGAUGUAAUUCUAGAAAAGAAAGAUGUUAGAGAUGAUUCUUCUCAAUCUAAAGAAUUUCAAGAUCAUGAAGAUAUUAUAACUGCUAAUGAAGAUGAAGAUGACUUACUUAAGAUGCUAGGGAAUGCUUCAAUAAAACAGCCUAAUAUUUUGAAUCUUAAUUCUCAAGUUAAUAGCAGUGUUUUAAGAACUCGUGUAAGUUCUAAUGUUGACGAAUCAGAUUUAGAUUUUUUUAAAAAAACAAAAACUUUACCAAUGAGAUCAUCAAAUCAAAAAUCUUUAAAAGAGAGACGUGAUCAUGAUGAGUUGUUUGGGAUACCAAAAAAGAUUAAUUCUUUUUUUGAUGAUGUAAGUGUUGAUGAAAUUAGUUUGUUUUCUGCAAGUUCAAAUGAACCAUCAAAGAAAGAUAUUGCUGAUAAUAAAUCAGUUGAUGAAUUUUUAACUGAAAAUUCAAAAGUUUUUGUUAACAAUGAGGAAUGCAGUAAAACUUAUGAAGCUCAGGAGUUUAUUGCAAAUGAACAUUUGGGAAGAAGAUCAUCUCAGAAGGGACAUAAUUUUGAUAUUGAUGAUAAUAUUGUUGCUUAUGACAAUGAAAUUAACAGACAGUUCACUGAUGUUAAAAAACAUAGUAUUACUGGUUCUUUACAAGAGGAGAUCGAACAAACAGACUUAUUAAACUCACAGAAAGAGUUUAAACAAACUGACUUAUUAAACUCACAGAAAGAGAUUGAACAAACAGAUUUAUUAAACUCACAGAAAGAGAUUGAACAAACUGACUUAAUAAACUCACAGGAGAAUCCAAAGUAUGGUAGUUUGUUUAUUUCUGAUUCAGAAAUUCAAAAUACAAAUAUUGAACAUGAAUCUCUUCCGUGUGAUAACAUUGACGAUAUUAUGCAGUAUAUAGCAAAACACAAUCUAGAUGAGGAGGAAGUAUCUUUAGGUUUUUAAAAUUUUUAAAAAAGUUUAUCUUGAUAGACUUUUUAUGUUUUAUAUUUUUUUGAUAAAAAAAAAAAGUUUUAUAAAUAUUUUUGUAC